AAGCCUCCGUCUCAUCUCAUCUUUCUGUCUCUAGACUCGUAUUCUCUCUCUCUCUCUAAAAGUAUACUAUUAUUUAUAUCGAUACAGAGAAUCGAAGGAGGCGAAUCGGAGAAUUCGUUCGGAGAUUCGAUCGUGUCGAGAUUGUUCUGAUCUCUCUUGUUUUUGGAUCAGCGAGUGAUUGAAAGUUCGUUAUUCUGUGAAUUGGAUAUUUUGUUAAUUUAUUACGCAUUUUUUUUAGUGCUUUCUCGCGUUUUUUAUUUUCUUAAUUCUAUUGCAAUAUAGGUAGUGAAGAUUUAUUUUUAAUUCUCUCUAUGUGUGUGUGAUGAUAUGAAAGUUAUUAGGGAAUUAAGAUUUGUAGUUGAAAGUAGGGUCUGUUUGGUUGAUGAGAUUGAGAAGGAGAGUCUAGGUCUUUAUUUGAUUUAUUACUUCUCAUAUUUCAUUCUCGGUGUUUUUUUUUCUUCUUCCUAUGGCUUCUCGAGAAUCAAACGGGAUAUUGGGCUACAUUUGGUACCCAAAAAAAAUUGAUAUAGUGAUUAAGAAAUCCAACCAAGUUAGAUAGUGGGUUUAAUUCUCCCAAGAGAAUUGUGGGUGUUAUUUGCUAAGAAAUUAUUUUAGCAGUUUGAGGAACUUUUUUUUUUUCUUUCUCUCAUUCCAUUGAGGAUAAAAUGCAGUAUUUUUAUUUCUUUAGAUUGCUAUAUACUUAGAAACUGUAUUAUUGUCAUAUUGUAUGUGUUUUUGUGUUUGACUUGAUUGAAAUCUAGUAAAUCUAGCAUUUAUCAUGUCAUAAGAUGUUAAUUUGUCACUGCUUGGUAUAAAUUCGUUGUUCUGUUGAUUUUUUUUAUAUAUAUACAUUUAGUAAUAUUUUGUUUACAACCUUAUGUAUCCCGAAACUGUAUUCCUGUUUGUGUGUGUUCAUCUCAAUUUGAGUUUGUAAAAUUCCGGUAAAUUUAGUGUUUAUCUUUUUUUACUUAAUUCUUUGGAUGUUAUCGUUGCAGUGUUAAAAGGAAAUUGUAGAAAGCAUUUAUUCGAAAUUACAUUCUUUUGUUUGGAUUAGUUAACAUUUGAUAGAUAAAAUAAUUAUGGCUAAUGGUGUAUUUGAUUGAAUUCAUAAGAUAGAGAAUAAGCUGCACUUAGGAAAUACGUUUGAAGUUUGUGUCAUAGAAUCAUAGUUUGUGGUCCAACUACAAUUCGCGCCUUGCAUUUAUAAUAGAAAUUUUGACUUGACAUUAUCUCUUUGGCAUAAGAAGUUUUAUAAAUAAGACUAAGAGGCCCCGUUAAGAUUUGAUAUCUUCUUUCUUGUAAGAAUGUGUCAUGCAUGAUGAUAAAUGCUUGUAACUAUCAUAUUGCUUUGUUAGUUCUUCUGAUUGAGUUGGAUGAGGCAAUAAAUUCGAAUGUGUGGACCACGUAAUGGCUAAGCUCAUCAACAACUGAACUUGAAGGACACGUGAAUUUGAUUUAGAAAAAUCUUAGACUAUGAUUAUUUCUAAUCAUUACUGAUGGUUAAUUAGUAUAUACUCUGGGAAGAGAAUUUGCGGUAACCUUGUUACCCAUGGACUUUCCAAGUAUUAGCAAAUUGACGAUGAUUAAUUUGAUUUAGGCACCCCACUUAGAAGUAGAUGGGGGUUGAAUGCAUUUUGUUGGGUAGCGAAGUUUGUUUCAUUCUUAUGUCAUUCCUUUUUAAAGUUGUUGUGCCCUGCAUCGGGAUAUUCGUAGCUGGUCUGUCCAUCUUGGGCUGCAGGUAUUCAAUUGACCAACUAGACCUAGGUAGGUUCUGCGCGUCCUUCUUCAUAUGAGGGGAUUUUUGUCUGUGCAAGAGGUGAAUUUGCAGGCACUAAUAAAGAUGCUCGUUUCUAUUUUGUUCUGUAAACCGUGAUACCUUAUUUGAAAUACUAUGAUGUGUCUACUAUCCGCCUUAGUUUCCCAAGGUCAACUCAAUCAAACUAAGCUUUAUCUAAACAUAAACCACGUGGAAGGUUAGGUUAUUGUUGCAUUAACGAUGUCCUUGGCUGUAGUAGCGAUGCAGGCACCAGAACGUCUUAGCCUCUCAAUGUUCAAAAAGUUGGUUCCUUGUGAAAUUAAAGGUCUAAGAUGCAGAAGCUGGAGCUAUUGACCUGCUUAGCCAAAGUCCUUCUUCCCAUACAUAAUCCCCAACUCCUUGCAAAUCCAAAAUCAUCAAAACCCAUAUUAAUCAAAAUAAGAGUUACAGGAGACAAACUACAGUAAUCUGAGGAUGGAUUUUGUCUCUGGGAACUAAAGGACUGGGUUUAUGGAAUGUCCUUACUUUUUGUCAAGCAGGCUAUGAAGUUGUCACUUUCUCUGUCCUAAAUCCAACCAGUUUAGAUAACAAGAGUGUGUGAAGGUCAAAUGAGCUAGAGUUUUCUAUCGAAGAGAAGCCCAUGGAGUUUUCAUGAUAACAGAAGUUGUUUUGGGCAAGUCUCGGUUAUUGAAGACUUGUUGCAGAAUCGCAUAUUGAGGUUGGGGCGUCUGUUGGUGGUGCCCAAUUUAGAUGGAUUUGGACUUCUUCAAGAAUCGAGUGAUCAGUCAAUGGUUACUAUCCACAGCUGGAGGCUUUGGAGUUCCUCAGUGCUGCAUUUUAGUUAUUAUUUGGGAUUCUUAUAGAUCUACUUGUUUGAUGACUCCUUCUCUUGUUGCUGAUUGGAGCUGUUCAACCCUAGUUGGAUUAUGUUGUUGCUGAUUUCAAUUGGUCUGCUGCAGUUUGCGAGAAAGCAACAUUUAUGGAGUGUUUGCCUGCUUGGGUGGGCGACUAAAUAAAUUUAAGUUUUAGAGCCCUUGCUAAACUUUUUCCGAAAUGCAGGUGCUUCUCAUAGCCAGCUGUUAGAUAGUUUUAGUUUCAUCGAGAAGAUUUCAAUGGUGGAGCUAGCAGUUGAUCAUUCUGAGGUGUUUCACUUUGAGCCCAAAAACCUGCAACACAAAACUAGUGAAGAGCAUAACACAGAGGUCGCUAUGUCAGACUCUCAGCACUCUCUCAGAGAAUUCAUGUCAACAGAAGCGACAUAUCUUCCAAAUGCCAUUGGCACAGAAUCGCUGGAUAAAGGAUGCAUGCAGUAUGGGUGUACUCAUUAUCGACGAAGGUGUCGCAUUAGAGCUCCGUGUUGCAACGAAAUUUUUGAUUGUCGUCAUUGUCAUAAUGAGGCAAAGAACAAUAUAAAUGUUGAUCAGAAACUUAGACAUGACGUUCCACGCCAUCAAGUGCGACAGGUCAUAUGUUCACUCUGUGGUACUGAACAAGAGGUUCACCAAGUUUGUAUCAACUGUGGUGUAUGUAUGGGAAAAUACUUCUGCGAGACUUGUAAGCUGUUCGAUGACGAUACAUCGAAAAGCCAGUACCAUUGUAAUGGGUGUGGUAUUUGCAGAAUUGGCGGGCGAGAGAACUUCUUUCAUUGCUACAAAUGUCGAUGCUGCUACUCAGUUCAUUUGAAGAACUGUCAUCCCUGCGUGGAAGGAGCAAUGCACCAUGACUGCCCUGUUUGUUUUGAGUAUCUAUUUGAGUCAAGAAAUGAUGUUACUAUUAUGCCUUGCGGGCACACGAUUCAUAAGAACUGCUUGAAGGAGAUGCAGGAACACUUCCAAUAUGCUUGCCCUCUCUGCUCCAAGUCAGUCUGUGAUAUGUCAAAGGUAUGGGAGAAAUUUGACGUGGAGAUUGCAGCUACACCCAUGCCAGAACCUUACCAAAACAAAAAGGUUUGCAUCCUCUGCAAUGACUGCGGAAAUACAUCAGAAGUGCGGUACCAUGUUGUGGCUCAGAAAUGUCCCAACUGUCGAUCAUACAACACCCGACAAACAAGAUGAAGUUGCAGUGGCUGUUUAAUUGGCAAUGACAGAUGACGAUAAAUGCACUAUCAUGCAUCAUGGAAUUACCGUUCAUUAAUUCUUUCUGGCUUCCAAGCCUCAUUAACGGGGAAUUUGUGGUCCUGCAUCUUAUGCUGUCAGAGGAAUGCCCUGCAUCUUGUGCUGUCGGAGCCUUGGACCUUCGAUUCUCUUGCAUCAAUUAGUUCCUGUUUGUUCCUUCUGGUCUUUUUCAUUGAUGUUGUCUUCUAAGCUCCACCAUGUAGGGUGGUUGAGCUCGUGACUGCACUUUCUGCCUGUGCUCACGCGAAAAAUGACAUGUUAGGCAGAUCCAUCCAUGGCUUAGUUGUGAAAUAUGGAAUUACCGUAGAUGGGUUUCUGGGGAAUGCUUUGAUAGACUUGUAUGCAAAAUGUGAACAGAUAGAUAAAGCUCACACAAUCUUUCAGCAGUUGCACUACAAGAGUGUCGUUUUGUGGAAUACGUUGUUGGAUGGGUACUUAAGUCUGCAAAAGCAAAAGCUAAAACCAACACACCCCAAAAAAAAACACAUACUAGCCUGCCUACCGUGGCUUUAUCAAAAGCUAAUGCCCUUGUACAACUAUGAUUAGAAAGCUGCAGCAUGUGUUGAAUUCACCAAAAUAUCCCCUCUUUUCUCCCCACUGUAUAAGCCUGUGUUUGCACGAAUGAUCAGUGCAUGAGGUGGGAAUCUUCACAAAGCUUUACUAAGUCCUCAACAUUUCCCUCCAAAUUUUGCUUUUAGCACAUAUUCCACAAAAUUCCCUCUAUACCCACUGAGAAUCAAGCUUCAACAAUGGAUUUAAUCAUGGCUGAGAAGCUUCAAGCCAUGAAGAAUUACAAGAAGGGCCAGUUUGUCAGAAAGGUACUCAUUCUUCACUUUUUCACAGCUUUGAUUUGUACGUACCUACUCUUUUUGGUUCCCUCAAGUGAGAAUUCUUAUAAACGAUUUUGUCUUUGUUUCUAUACCAAAUUUUAAGUCAUUCUUGUUCAACCCCAAGUGCUUGUUCAUAGUAGGCAAUGCCAUUGUUGUCAUCCUCGUCGCAGAAUCAAAGCUCACAUCUGGUUCACACUCGUCUUCAGCCACUAACAUCUACGAGGAGUAUGUAGAGAGGAGCUGGAGUCUUCAGGGAGCUGCCUCCAACAUAAAGAGAAGUAAGAGGAACGAAAAGAGGACAUAGGUUUAACUCAAGAGAGUAGUACUGUUAACAAGAUUGAAGAAGAAGUUAGAGCUGUGGUAUACAUAGAGGAAGAAAAAAGAGAAACGGGGGAUAAAAAAGAUUGUGAUAAUGAUUGUGCUGAUGCUGAUGAUCAUAAGGAGGAGGUGGAAGAGGAGAAAAUUGAGGAAGAAGAGCCCGGUUUACCUAUUACGGAAGAGUUGAAGAAUUUAUUGCAAGGGUAAACAGACAAGGGUGGCUUGAAGAGAAAGUACUAUUAGUUUGUGGUAAAACAUCACAAUGAAUUAAGAUAUUGGAUUUAGGACUAGGAAGAAGGAUGAUCACCAACACUGCAAAUGCAUAACAAGCUUAGUAUGUACUACCUACAAACAUUGAAACCAAUUUUAAUUUGUACUUAGAA